GGCCUGCGCCUGCCCUGGACCCUAUAAGGCCAGGGAGCCAAGGGCAGAGCCAGCUGCCAGCCGGGCCAGUCCGUCCUCAGGGGGACCCUCGCGCAGUCCAGGUGAACGGGGCCGCGUCUGCUUCAGUGACACCAGGGUGAGGCCAGGCCUGCAGCUUCUCACAUUCUCACUAUGUCUGCUCCGGACGAAGGGAGACGGGAUCCCCCCAAACCCAAGGGCAAGACCCUGGGCAGCUUCUUUGGGUCCCUUCCUGGCUUCAGCUCUGCCCGGAACCUGGUGGCCAAUGCACAUAGCUCGGCGAGAGCCCGGCCAGCCACUGACCCCGCAGGAGCGCCUGCCGCCGAGGCUGCCCGACCACAGGCUCAGGCCCCUGUCCCCACAGUGGCCGCCCACCCAGAGCAGACGGCCCCAUGGACGGAGAAGGAGUUGCAACCUUCGGAAAAGCAAAUGGCGUCCGGGGCCAAAGACCUGGUGUGUUCCAAGAUGUCCAGGGCCAAGGAUGCCGUCUCCUCCGGGAUGGCCAGCGUGGUGGAUGCGGCUAAGGGAGUGGUCCAGGGAGGCCUGGAUACCACUCGGUCUGCACUCACGGGCACCAAGGAGGUGGUGUCCAGCGGGGUCACGGGGGCUGUGGACAUGGCUAAGGGGGCCGCCCAAGGGGGUCUGGACACCUCGAAGGCUGUCCUCACCGGCACCAAGGACACGGUGUCCGCUGGGCUCACGGGGGCAGUGAAUGUGGCCAAAGGGACCGUACAGGCCGGUGUGGACACCACCAAGACAGUGCUGACCGGCACCAAAGACACAGUGACUACUGGGGUCAUGGGGGCAGUGAACUUGGCCAAAGGGACUGUCCAGACUGGCGUGGACACCUCCAAGGCUGUGCUGACUGGCACCAAAGAUGCUGUGUCCACUGGGCUCACGGGGGCAGUGAAUGUGGCCAGAGGAACCAUUCAGACCGGUGUGGACACUAGUAAGACUGUCCUAACAGGUACCAAGGACACCGUCUGUAGUGGGGUGACUGGUGCCGUGAACGUGGCCAAAGGAACCAUCCAGACCGGCGUGGACACCACCAAGACUGUCCUAACCGGUACCAAGGACACCGUCUGCAGUGGGGUGACCGGUGCCAUGAACUUGGCCAAAGGGGCCGUCCAGGGGGGCCUGGACACCACCAAGUCUGUGGUCAUGGGUACAAAAGACACAGUGUCCACUGGGUUCAUGGGGGCAGCGAACGUGGCCAAGGGGGCCGUGCAAACUGGGCUGAAUACAACCCAAAAUAUCGCAGCAGGUACAAAGGACACCAUCUGUAGUGGGGUAACUGGUGCCAUGAACUUGGCUAGAGGAACCAUCCAGACAGGCAUGGACACCACCAAGACGGUCCUAACAGGUACCAAGGACACUGUCUGCGGUGGGGUGACCGGUGCCAUGAAUGUGGCCAAAGGGGCCGUCCAGGGGGGCCUGGACACCACCAAGUCUGUCCUGACUGGCACUAAAGACGCUGUGUCCACCGGGCUCAUGGGGACAGCGAACGUGGCCAAGGGAGCCGUCCAGACGGGUGUAGACACAGCCAAGACCGUGCUGACCGGCACCAAGGACACAGUGACUACCGGGCUCAUGGGGGAAGUGAAUGUCGCCAAAGGGACUGUCCAGACCGGCGUGGACACCACCAAGACCGUGCUGACCGGCACUAAGAAUACAGUCUGCAGUGGGGUGACUGGUGCCGCGAAUGUGGCCAAAGCGGCCGUCCAGGGGGGCCUGGACACCACCAAGUCUGUCCUGACUGGCACUAAAGACGCUGUGUCCACUGGGCUCACAGGGGCUGUAAACAUGGCCAAAGGGACUGUCCAGACCGGCGUGGACACCACCAAGACUGUGUUAACCGGUACCAAGGACACCGUCUGCAGUGGGGUCACUGGUGCAGUGAACGUGGCCAAAGGGGCCGUCCAGGGGGGCCUGGACACCACCAAGUCUGUGGUCAUGGGUACGAAAGACACAGUGUCCACCGGGCUCACGGGGGCAGCGAACGUGGCCAAGGGGGCCGUCCAGACGGGUGUAGACACAGCCAAGACCGUGCUGACCGGCACCAAGGACACAGUGACUACCGGGCUCAUGGGGGCAGUGAAUGUCGCCAAAGGGACCGUCCAGACUGGCAUGGACACCACCAAGACUGUCCUAACCGGCACCAAGGACACCGUCUGCAGUGGGGUCACCGGUGCCAUGAAUGUGGCCAAAGGGGCCAUCCAGACUGGCAUGGACACCACCAAGUCUGUCCUGACCGGUACCAAGGACACUGUCUGCAGUGGGGUCACCGGUGCCGUGAACGUGGCCAAGGGGGCUGUGCAAACUGGACUGAAAACGACCCAAAAUAUCGCUACAGGUACAAAGAACACCCUUGGCAGUGGGGUGACCGGUGCCAUGAACGUGGCGGAAGGGGCCGUCCAGACGGGUGUAGACACAGCCAAGACCGUGCUGACCGGCACCAAGGACACAGUGACUACCGGGCUCAUGGGGGCAGUGAAUGUCGCCAAAGGGACCGUCCAGACUGGCAUGGACACCACCAAGACUGUCCUAACCGGCACCAAGGACACUGUCUGCGGUGGGGUGACCGGUGCCGCGAAUGUGGCCAAAGCGGCCGUCCAGGGGGGCCUGGACACCACCAAGUCUGUCCUGACUGGCACUAAAGACGCUGUGUCCACUGGGCUCACAGGGGCUGUGAACUUGGCCAAGGGGACUGUCCAGACCGGCGUGGACACCACCAAGACUGUGUUAACCGGUACCAAGGACACCGUCUGCAGUGGAGUCACUGGUGCUGUGAAUGUGGCCAAAGGGACCGUUCAGACAGGUGUGGACACAGCCAAGGCGGUGCUGAGUGGCACUAAAGAUGCAGUGACUACUGGAGUCAUGGGGGCAGUGAAUGUGGCCAAAGGAACCAUGCAGACUGGCGUGGACACCUCCAAGGCUGUGCUAACGGGUACCAAGGACACCGUCUGCAGUGGGGUGACCGGUGCCAUGAGCAUGGCCAAAGGGGCCGUCCAGGGGGGCCUGGACACCACCAAGGCAGUGCUGACCGGAACCAAAGAUGCAGCGUCUGCUGGGCUCAUGGGGUCAGGGAACGUGGCAACAGGGGCCAUCCACACUGGCCUCAGCACCUUCCAGAAUUGGUUACCUAGUACCCAGGCCACCUCCUGGGGUGGACGUACCAGUUCCAGGACCACAGACAAUGGUGGCGAGCAGACUGCCCUGAGCCCCCGAGAGGCCCCGUUUGCUGGUGUCUCCAGGCCCCCAGAGAUGCUCAGCGUAGGCCCGGAGCCUGUCUGGGAAGCUGCAGCCACAACCAAGAGCCUUGCGACUGACGUGGCCACGUUCACCCAAGGGGCCGCCCUGGGCAGGGAGGACACACGGCCUUUGGCCACCACACACAGCCCCGACGAAGCCCCACGCUUGGCGAUGCUGCAGAAUGAGUUGGAGGGACUGGGGGACAUCUUCCACCCCAUGAAUGCAGAGGAGCAAGCUCAGCUGGCUGCCUCCCAGCCCGGGCCGAAGGUGCUGUCGGCGGAGCAGGGGAGCUACUUCGUUCGUUUAGGUGACCUGGGUCCCAGCUUCCGCCAGCGGGCAUUUGAACACGCGGUGAGCCACCUGCAGCACGGCCAGUUCCAAGCCAGAGAUACUCUGGCCCAGCUCCAGGAUUGCUUCAAGCUGAUUGAAGAGGCCCAGCAGGCUCCAGACGGGCAGCCGUGUCUGGACCAGGGCUCAGGUGCCCGUGUGGAGGAUGCUGCUGUCCAGGAGGUGGGUCUGGCACAUGGCUGGGGUCCCCCCACCCCGCCCGUGGGUCUCCACUCACCUCGCACCUUCCUCCCACAGGAGCGGGACGCCGGGGCUCUGUCCAGGGUCUGCGGCCUUCUCCAGCAGCUGCACACGGCCUACAGUGGCCUGGCCUCCAGCCUCCAGGGCCUGCCCGCCGAGCUCCAGCAGCCGGUGAAGCGGGCGCGGCACAGCCUCUGUGAGCUCUAUGGUGUCGUGGCCUCGGCCGGCUCUGUAGAGGCGCUGCCCGCAGAGCAGCUGGUGCAGUGCCACGAGGGUGUGCACCAGGCGUGGCAGGGGCUAGAGCAGCUGCUGGAGGGCCUACAGCACAAUCCCCCGCUCAGCUGGCUGGUAGGGCCCUUCGCCUUGCCCCCCGGCGGGCAGCAGCUGUAGGAGCCUGCAGGCCCGGGGCAGGGUUGCCCUGCUCUGCCCAGGGAGGAGCUGCCUCAGAACAUUCUCUCCAGCCCCAAACCUGGAUCGGUUUCCUAAAGCCCUAGACCUUUGGGGCUGCAGCUGGCUGAGCUCUGAGGGGCUGCGGAGGCAGUGACCUUUUGAGCGGAGCCACCCCACGCCCUGCUCCGGGCCUGCCUGCACUUCCCACCUCCUCCCCAGCACUGCUUGCUCCCCUCGGAGCCUGGGGUCACUCAGCCGCCAGCCAGGAGCCUUCCCUUGAAGACCCUGAGCGAGUACUGCAAUUAGGAAAGAGAAAAAGCAGCAUGCCCAGUCUGGAAGGGCAUCCAUUUGCCCUGAUAGCAACCCUUUUAUAUCUAGCAGGGCUCUUCCAGUCCUGCAGCACGGGCCCCCAGCUACCAGCAGUGCAGGCAGCGUUGUGGCAUCCCAGGCUCCAGGCAGCUCCGUCCUUGUGCUCAAAGUGGGUCUCUGGCCUUAGCACACCUUGAGGGUCUUAAGAACCACAUUCUCUCAUACUAGAAGGUACUAGAAAAUGUAAAACUUGGCCGGGCGCAGUGGUUCACGCCUGUAAUCCCAGCACUUUGGGAGGCCGAGGCGGGCG